AUGAGGAGGCGCAACAGAGGGGUGCAACAGCAACACGUCAAUGCAACACAGUUUGAAGAGAGCGUGUGUGAUCAAGACGCUAGACAGUGAAGGAAACAGUUAGCAGGACAGUAGAUCAAAGUCAGAGGACGUCUGUUUCACUCCGCUGACACUGCUGACAGUUCCCACAGGCAGCAUUUGAUUCAUGCUCCUCAGGGGGACAUGCAACGGCUGCAAAAGUGUGUGCAGAAGAUGCACUUGUGGAUCUCAGAUGAUGCUUUGAUGAGGCUGUAGCUACUCUACAUUGCAUGACAGAUGAGAACUCUAGGAGCGCAAAGGAUUGUAGGAUUAAAGAGCUGAAGAAAACUUCUUCCAAAGUGAAGUGUGGCCCAUCUUACCCAACUCUCUGGAAGACAUGCAUUAGCGUUGGGUUUGUCCGGCCAGCAAGGAUGUUCCCUAGAGUAGAUUUCCCAGGUGAAGACAUUCCCACGCACACCACGUUUUAAUCAUGUGCUUCGGACAAUGUUGACGAUGCAGCCUAAAGGUUACCUACUGUGAGAGGACAGGAAAUUACAUUUCCAACACCCAGAAUGCACCACCCCCUCGUGCUGACCUAAACAAUUCUGUGACCUUGGGUUCUUCGGCAGAUGGCACAUGCAAAUCAGCAAACACAAAUCAAUAUGGAUUUAUCCCCUUCUAGGGCCCAUAAAAAUUCAAUAACGGGAAUACAUCAGCAUUGAAGGAACAGUAUGGGACCAGGUUACUGGAUUUCUUUAAUGGUAUUGAGGGAGAUGAAAGCAACUUCCUAACCCUAGCGUGGAUAUAAUAAUCAAUCAAAACAAUUGUUUUCAGUUGUCAAAUUAGUUAAAAUAAAUGGACAGUUGAUCUCUGAAUAUCUCGCCUUUUUCCUUGGACUCCUAAAAUAACCAGAAUGAGAUCUCUGAUCUCUGAAAGAGAACAAGAAUGACACCCCUUUGUUAGGUCUGGACAUGGCAGGGGUCCAAAAGUAUUGUUUGGUUUAGUAAUAAUAAAAGAAAUUGCUGCCAAAUCGUCCGCCCUGGCCAUUAAGCGCGAAAAUCGCUUGGAAUAAGACGGAUUAAGAAGUGCAGAAUACUUCCUUGAAAGGCCAUGCAUGGGGUUGAUGUACAACUACCCCUUCCAGACUCUACCGACUCAAUCGCUGACUCCCGAGGCUGAGAAAGAAGCUGGAAGGGGAAGGGAUAAUGCACGUCCCUCCCGCAACGGAGGAAGAAAGCACCAUGAGUAACGUCACAGUUCUCGACAUCACCGAGUCCGUGAGUCCCGCCAUGACGGCGGCCGGCCCGUACCCUUACCCACUCAGCUUCCAGGUGUCCCUGACUGGAUUCCUCAUGCUGGAGAUCGUCCUGGGACUGAGCAGCAACCUGACCGUACUGGCCCUCUAUUGCAUGAAGUCCAACCUGGUCAAUUCCGUCAGCAACAUUGUCACCAUGAACCUCCACGUGCUGGACGUGUUGGUGUGCAUUUGCUGCAUCCCUCUGACGAUUGUGGUGUUAAUGCUGUCUCUGCAAGGCGACACGGUGCUCGUCUGCUGCUUCCACGAGGCCUGCGUGUCCUUCGCAAGUGUGGCUACGGCGGCAAACGUGCUAGCUAUCACUUUGGACCGAUAUGACAUCUCCGUUAAACCGGCCAAUCGUGUGCUGACUAUGGGACGAGCGGUGGCUCUGUUGGGUUGCAUUUGGGUGCUGUCCUUCUUCAGCUUCUUGGUGCCAUUUAUCGAGGUGGGAUUCUUGGGACCGGAGCCCACCAAAGCAAAUCAGACCGCCGUUGUGCACGUCAACGAAUAUUACACCGAACUUGGUCUGUACUACCACCUAGUGGCCCAAAUCCCCAUUUUCGGUUUGACUGCCGUCAUCAUGUUGGUGACAUACGCCAAGAUUCUGCAGGCACUCAAUAUCCGCAUUGGUACGCGCUUCCACACCACGCAGAAGAAGAAGAAGAAAAUGAGGAGGAAAAAGAACUUCUCCCUCAUGUCAACAUCUGAGCAGCAGCUGCCCGAGAUCACAGACGCCUCGCAGAGCAGCAACCGUGGAAAUGCUCCGCUUGGCAUGCGAACGUCUGUCUCGGUGAUCAUCGCCCUGCGAAGGGCCGUCAAACGCCACCGGGAGCGGCGUGAGCGCCAAAAGCGUGUUUUCCGCAUGUCGUUGCUCAUCAUCUCCACGUUCCUCCUCUGCUGGAUGCCCAUCACCAUUUUGAACACUGUGAUCCUCAGCGCAGGCCCCAGUGACCUCACCGUCAAGCUCCGACUGGGUUUUCUGGUCAUGGCCUACGGCACCACGGUCUUCCAUCCUCUCUUGUACGCCUUCACGAGGCAGAAGUUCCAGAAAGUCUUGAAAAGUAAAAUGAAGAAACGGGUGGUUUCCAUCAUCGAGGUGGAUCCGCUGCCGAACAACACAGUGAUUCGAAACUCCUGGAUCGAUCCCAAACGGAAUAAGAAAGUGACGUUUGACGAUCACGAAGCCAGGCAGAAAUGUCUAUCAUCCGAAGAUGCAGACUAAAACCACUUUGCGACCUCCAGGACAGGGACUAGUUCUCAUAAAAUCACUGUUAUACAUAAAGCGAACCAUGUGAUGUGAAUAUUAGCCUUACAUGAGCAUAUAUUGAAGAAUCGGUUACUAUUUAUAACUAACUUGGAAUAUAAUAUGAUAGGUUUCAUAGAUGGUGCAUGUCCUUUAUAAACCACUGUAUGUACUGUAAAUACAUGAAAUUUGUACAUACUCUUUAUCAGUUAUGUACCUCAUUUAUGACCGUCUAUACAUGUAUUUAUAAUAAACUAG